AUGAGUGAAGAACAGCACGAACACAAAGAAUGCGCAUGUUGCCAGGGAAAUGGAGAAUGUCAUUGUCAUGAGGACAAGUGCAAAUGUCAUGAGCAUGAAUGUCAUUGCCAUAAUCACGAAUGUCACUCCGAAAAUCACGAUUCACAUGAAUGUCACUGUCACGAACAUGAAUGCGAAUGUCACGAGCAUGAGUGCCAUUGCCAUGAUCAUGAAUGCGGCUGUGGAUGUGAAGAUGAAGGCUGUGAUUGCUGUGAUUGCGCUCCAUCUUUCUUCCCAACAAUUUUACAACCAAUGAUUGAUGUCGAAGGCUCAACAAAUCCAGACUACUUCUUAAAACCACAAUUAGUUCAAGAUCCAAAAGUUUGGCCAAGAGGAGAUAACCUCAAAUUCAAAUUACCGCCAAAUGCCUUCAUAACACAAAUAGUUCUUAAACUCGAAGGCGAUUACAUUCAUAAUUGCGAAGUUACGAUCAAAAAUAAUGAAAAUGAAGUUUACAAGAACACCUACGAAUUUCCAACCGAAGGAUCACUCGAGUGUGUUGAAUACAGUGGUCCUGCAACAGAAUUUACAGUUGUAAAUCUCAAACCAGAAAAUCCAAUCAUUUGCUCCAUUUUUGUAUUGAUCGGAACACUUACAGACCGUUGCACACUCGAAAUUAAUGGAGAUCUUCCUUAUCUCCAGCCAUUAUUCGUUUGCAAGACCUGUAAUUUCAAAGAAGGUCAAUGUGUUUGCAAAGCAUGCGCCGAUCAAUGCCAUGCAGGUCACGAACUCGAGAUGAUUAACUCCCCAGGCUAUUGCGACUGUCCAAAACUCGGAGAUUGCAAAUUAAAAGAUAUGAAAGACAAAUUCGAAUGUACAUACGGAGAGAAUGGACCAGAAGAGAUUGAACAAGAGUUAUUUAGAUGCCUUACAUGCGGAUACGGUCCUAAAACAAGGAUGUGUGCUGGAUGCGCAAGAAUCUGCCAUUCAGGACACAAAAUUGUUUCAUGUGGCAAAGCCUGGGCCAGAUGCUGUUGUGGAGGCCAAGCAGCACCAGGUGUUGCAUGCAAAUACAUCCCACGUGUUGAAGAUGAAAUAAAUGCCUGCACAUUCUACAAAUACGGAAAUAAACCACUGGAACAAGAGAUGUUUUCCUGCGAAACAUGCAACUUCAAAGAAGGACAGAAGAUGUGUCUCGCUUGUGCAAUGAUGUGUCACUACUCCCACAGAUUGAUUAGACUUGGAAAAAUCGAAGGAGUUUGUGACUGCGGACAACACAAAAUUGAGAACUCUCACUGCUCUUUAACUGCUGAUUCUAGACCAAAGAUGAUGCCUCUCUGCGGCUGUCCUUGCUGCAUGCAUCACUAA